ACAAGUCCCAUAAUGCCUUUCACAAACACAAGACCAGCAAAUACUCUAGUGACCAACACUUGUUACCUAUACGUUUCCUGGAUAAGUUAUAGUGGAACAAGUAACCCCACCCUCAAGCAAGCUUCAGGAUUGGAGGUGGAGCCAGAAUUUACCUUUGUACUUCUGGCUACUCAGGGUUGGUGUGACUGGUGGGGUGGGUCCAGAACUGGCUGCCAUCCUGACUGCUCAGAGCUCCAAUCAGGUCUUAAAGCCAUCAUGAGCUCUCAGCCUCUGAGGCUUGCAGAAGAAUUUACCCUAAAUCCUGGAGAGUCUGAACUGGCUGUGAACCCCUUUGAUGGGCUCCCCUUCUCUUCUCGCUACUAUGAGCUCCUUGAGCAGCGAAGAGCCUUGCCCAUUUGGGCUGCUCGCUUCAUCUUCUUGGAGCAUUUGGAGAGCAGCCCCAGUGGAGUGGUGUUGGUAUCUGGAGAGCCUGGGUCUGGCAAGAGCACCCAGAUUCCUCAGUGGUGUGCAGAGUUUGCUCUGGCCAGGGGAUUCCAGAAGGGUCAGGUUACUGUUACUCAACCUUACCCUCUGGCUGCCUUGAGCCUGGCUUUUCGGGUUGCUGAUGAGAUGGACCUGAGCCUGGGUCAUGAGGUUGGAUAUAGCAUCCCUCAGGAAGACUGCACAGGACCCAGCACCAUGCUCAGGUUCUGCUGGGACAGGCUGCUUCUGCAGGAGGUGGCUUCCACCCGGGGCACUGGAGACUGGGGUGUGCUAGUGCUGGAUGAAGCCCAGGAACGAUCCGUGGCCUCAGAUUUGCUCCAGGGGCUGCUGCGAGAUGCCAAACUGGGAAACCUUUCAGGAGAUACUAGACUGGUUGUGGUUACUGACCCAGCUCUUGAAUCUAAGCUCCAAGCCUUCUGGGGCAAUCCACCUAUUGUGCAUGUACCCAGAGAGCCUGGUGGGAGUCCUGUCAUCCCUGUCUACAGGGACGCUGUCCCCACUGAUCGAGUGGAAGCUGCAUGCCAAGCUGUGCUUGAGUUGUAUCAGAAGGGGGCUCCAGGAGAUGUGCUAGUGUACCUGCCCAGUGAGGAGGAAAUUUCCCUGUGCUGUGAAUCCCUGUCCAAGAAGGUGGGGAUGCUCGCUCUCCCAGGACCUCCACCACGGGUGCUACCCCUUCACCUAGGCUGUGAUCAAGCUGUUCAGGCUGUGUAUGAAGACAUAGACAUGGGUGCCUGGAAAGUCGUGGUCACUCAUUGGCUGGCAGACUUCUCUUUCUCCCUACCUUCCAUCCGACAUGUCAUUGAUUCAGGACUGGAGCUUCGCAGUGUUUAUAAUCCUCGGAUCCGAGCUGAAUCCCAAGUCUUAAGACCAAUUAGCAAGUGUCAGGCAGAGGCACGAAGACUGCGGGCAAGCAGAUUCCCACCAGGAUCCUGCCUCUGCCUAUAUCCUAAGUCCAUCCUAGAACUAGAGGCUUCUCCCCUGCCCCAUCCCAGAGUAUGUGAAGAGAACCUGAGUCCUCUGGUGUUACUACUAAAGAGAAGACAGAUUGCAGAGCCAGGGCAGUGUCACUUCCUGGACCGGCCUGCUCCAGAAGCAUUGAUGCAGGCCCUGGAAGACUUAGACUAUCUGGCAGCCCUAGAUGAUGAUGGAGACCUGUCAGACCUGGGAGUCAUCCUGUCCGAGUUCCCCCUACCCCCUGAGCUGGCCAAAGCUCUGCUGGCCUCAUGCGAGUUUGAUUGUGUGGAUGAGAUGCUCACCCUUGCUGCCAUGCUCACUGCCGCUCCUGGAUUUACUCAUCCUCCACUCUGUGCAGAAGAGGCUGCCCUGCGCAGGGCCCUGGAACAUGCUGAUGGUGACCACAGUUCUCUGAUCCAGGUUUAUGAAGCUUUUAUACAAAGUGGAGCAGAUGAAGCUUGGUGCCAGGCUCGAGGUCUAAAUUGGGCAUCACUAUGCCAUGCCCGUAAACUUCGAGGAGAACUCUUAGAACUCAUGCAACGAAUCGAACUUCCCUUGUCACAACCAGCCUUUGGAUCUGAGCAGAAUCGCAGAAAUCUUCAAAAAGCACUGCUGUCUGGAUACUUCCUCAAGGUGGCCCGAGACACAGAUGGAAGUGGAAAUUACCUGCUCCUAACCCACAAACAUGUGGCCCACCUCUCUUCAUACUGCUGCUACCGAAACCGCCGGGCUCCAGCCAGACCGCCACCAUGGGUGCUGUACCACAGUUUCUCCAUAUCCAAGGACAACUGCCUUUCCAUUGUUUCUGAGAUUCAACCUCAAAUGCUGGUGGAGUUGGCCCCUCCAUACUUCCUGAGCAACUUGCCCCCCAGUGAGAGCAAAGACCUCCUGAACCAGUUAAGGAAAGAACUGGAAACAUCAGCAGCAGAGAGUGAAUCAUCCUCCCCACCAGAGUUCAGAGAUGCUUGUGUCCUGCAGUGACUGCCUGCCUAAAGACCAGAGCUGAAUCUGGAGUUGUGCUCAAUGGUAGAGCACCAAUCCUACAAGCUUGAAGGGCCUGAGUUCAAACCUCACUACUGAAGAAAACAAAAACAGAGUUGGCUCUUCUGGUGGCAUUAGAUCUCUAAGCAGCCAAUCAGAUUUAGAAGCACAAAACGUAAGGUCAAAUGUAAAUUCUAGAUUCUCUGUCCCAAGAAAUGGUAGACUAGGAGAGAAGGAAAUGGGGUAAACAACCAUCUAGAAAAGAACCCUUUCCUUAGUCUUCUCCUAGUUAUUGGCAUGGAAAUAAA